CAUGUAUACAUGAGGAGUGGAUCGUACGAGUAUUGGUGAAUGUUUGCGUCUAGUGGUGUGUGGAAUAAGGGUGGAAAUCUGUAAAGGGAGGGGCUGGCCAAAAAUGGCUGUCACACACAGAGCAAGACGUCUGAAAGAAGACAAUUGACUGACCUCAGUCUUCCAGCUAAAGAAAUGGACACUAUUUUACAUUAACAGUAACAGUGAGCCAAUCAAUAAUUAAUAUGUUAUUGUUGAGAGGCAAUCCCAGUGCUUUGUUGAGACCACCCCCAGAUCUGGCAUCACUGAACUGUGCUCAAAGGUAGAUUUACUAAAAUAGUAAAAUCGAGAUUUAAAAUAAUACAUUUUUUUUACAAGGAAUUGCGUGUUCCGUUAACACACCAAGAGAAUGUUAAACCCAAUAAUAUUUUGUACGGCUAAACAAAAGCCUCGUGAUAUUGACGUCAGUUGGAUAGACUAGAACAAAUAAGAAAGGCAACACUGCGACGUCGUAAACAAGAAAAGAUGCAUCCCUCCUCUUUGAGGAUUUUCUUUCUUCUUUUAUUCGCUACUUUUGGCAACAGGCAUGUUGCAUGCACACCAAAUGCUGAAAAAUUGGGGAGUGGCAAUAAAGUACGACUCAGGGCACCAUAUUUACCAUGGCGGCUGGUCAUUUGCCUUACGCAGCCCCAGAAUCCUUUGAAGAUGGAUAUUCAAAAGAUAUGGGAUGAGGCCAGGCUGGAAUCAACGCAAGGCAAAAUGGAAGUUUCUUACGUCGAAGCAACAGCACCUACAACUACCGAUUCUCUUUCAUACCCAUUGGCGCUUUUGGAUAAGUUCUGCACAGCUGUUGAGGGUGGACGAACAAUUUUGAGCAUAGUCAUUGGAGGAGGACCUGCAGCCAGAUUUCUCAUCACAACUGCAACAUUUUUAAAUGUACCAACGCUAUGGCUACCGUCCUCACAUCGAGACUUUCUCCGUCAGGGAAAGAAAGAGAAAUUUGAAAGUCGAUUAGGUACUGGGACAGAGGAAAUGGGCGCAGCGGCAGCAGCCUUAAUGCACAAAGCAAACUGGCAUGCAUUCACGCUUUUAAUUGACGUAACAUUACUUCCAAUAAAUCAGCUACUUUUGGCUGACUUGUCUAUUUUGACACCGAGAUCUGUGAUUCAUCUUCCAGCCGAUGAUCAAACUUUACGCAAAAGACUUCGCCGCGUUGCGGAGGGUGGAAGUACUGGAGGUGUUCUUGUAAUGGCUUGUGAUUUGAGUACUGCACGCCGAAUUAUUGCUGCAGGUAACAAGUACGGGAUGCUCGCAGGAAGGUUCUUAUGGCUCUGGUUAGACCUUAAAAUGGAAUUGAAACCUAAUGAACCCAGUUUACCUAUUUCAAGUAUUACCCACAAUGCACGCUCUACAGUGAAUUUGAAUAACGAUGACAUAAAGCACAUCGAUAUCCACACAAAUUUUAGAUUAGAAGAUGACAUUCAUUUGCAUACAUUGCCAAACUUGGCCAAUGACGUACAUCGACUGCAAGAAUUUAGAUGGCAAGAAGAUCAACAUCAUACAAGACGAACCGAAAGAAGUAUCAAAAUGAAGGAACACGAAGACACGAAAGCAGACGAUAAAGAAUUGAAUCCAAAGAUGGUGAUGCCUGUAGGAAUGCUUGUACUGAGGUCUAGUAGUAUGAAAAUAAACAGCGGUGAUACAACGCUGACAAGAAUGUUGAGGGACACUUCAGAGGCAUUGGACCAAACAAUUUUUGAAACUCGGCCAAAAUUGGCACGCCUCCGAGAUGUUCAAUGGAAAGACUACUUCGUUCCCUCAUGCUUUGCCCGUCCAGAUGCAAAAUUUUUAUCUAAUGAGGAGAGAGAAAACGUUUCACAGUUUCUGACGAAUAGACUAAGGAAAUUCACUCGACAACUUUCUAGGGACAAAUCAGAAUUUCAUCUGUUAAACUUGCAGCCUAUAACUGUCCCUGGUAACAAAACUCAACUGAAAUGGACCAAGGUAGGCACAAUCAGAGGAGGAGGAAGAGACGUUCGACUUGACACGAUAAUCUGGCCUGGUGGAGGAAUUAUACCUGCCUACCUUGAUCAGAUGGGAGCCGGAGAUGGGAUUCCAGCAUAUCGCAUUGUAACUGCGCUCUCCCCGCCUUUUGUAAUGGCGACAAGUUUACAAGAAGGUCUAUGCCUAAGAGGUAUAGCUUGCCGCCAAGGUGACGACACCGUAUGUUGUUAUGGGCUCAGUAUGGAUCUAUUAUCUCUCAUCGCCCGAGAACUGGGAUUCCGAUUUGAAUUGUACGUUGCACAAGACGGUUUGUUUGGCAGACGAAUUGGAAUAAAUGGUAAAUGGAAUGGAAUUGUGGGUGAGCUCACAUCUGGCAAAGCUCAGUUGGCAUUUGCACCCCUCAGUGUUUCGGCAAGAAGAGCUGAGGUGGUUGAUUUUACUACUCCCUACUUCUUCAGUGGGGUCAGUUUCCUUGCUGCACCGCAACGUAAAUCUGAAAUACCGUUGCUGGCAUUUUUACUGCCCUUUAGUACAGAACUAUGGAUAGCAGUUUUUACUUCCCUCAAUAUCACUGCAAUGGCAGUGGCAGUUUAUGAAUGGUUCAGCCCUUUUGGGCUCAAUCCAUGGGGCCGACAACGCAGCAAAAACUUCUCCAUAGCUUCUGCCCUGUGGGUGAUGUGGGGUCUUCUAUGUGGACACCUUGUUGCAUUCAAAGCUCCAAAAUCAUGGCCAAACAAAUUUUUAAUCAAUGUUUGGGGAGGAUUUUCUGUUAUAUUCGUUGCCUCGUACACAGCUAACAUUGCGGCACUCAUCGCAGGCCUGUUCUUUCAUUCGGCUGUGAGCAACUACCAUGACCGCAGUUUGUUGUCGCAAAGAGUAGGAGCUCCCAAAGCAUCGGCUGCAGAAUAUUACGUACAGCGUGCUAAUCGACAAUUAUGGUCACACAUGUCCCGAUAUUCAUUAGCCAACGUUGAGGAAGGAGUAGAAAAACUGAGGAACGGUACAUUGGACAUUCUCAUAGCCGAUACACCAAUCUUGGAUUAUUAUCGAGCUACUGAUAAUGGUUGCAUAUUGCAAAAAAUUGGGGAUACUAUUAAUGAAGAUACCUACGCGGUGGCACUAGCUAAAGGCCAUCCACUAAAGGAGAGUAUUUCUAGAGCCAUAGCCAACUACACUAGCAACGGUCUACUUGACAUUUUGCAGGAGAAGUGGUACGGAGGUUUGCCCUGCAUUCGCGGACGAGAAGGAAUGGACACUGGGCUUGACCCUGAAACUGGGGGGCAGCCCCGACCACUCGGCGUAGCAUCCGUUGCGGGAGUCUUUUGUCUCCUUGGGCUAGGGGUUGUUCUUGGUGCUGUAAUUUUGGCUGGAGAACACCUGUUCUAUAGAUAUACCCUGCCUAGACUAAGGCACAGACCACGAAGCUCUAUUUGGCGGAGUAGGAACGUAAUGUUCUUUUCCCAAAAACUAUACAGAUUUAUCAACUGCGUUGAAUUAGUAUCGCCUCACCAUGCUGCAAGGGAAUUAGUACACACUCUGAGACAAGGACAAAUUACUUCUCUCUUCCAAAAAAGUGUUAAGCGGAAGGAACACGAGCAACGUCGCAGACGAAAAAGCAAGGCCCAGUUCUUUGAAAUGAUACAGGAAAUACGGAGGGUACAACAAGAGGAAAAAACUGAGACCGUCUCAAAAGAUGCAGAAUCACGACGAGUAGCAAAAAAAGAUGAUAAAACAUCAAAAGGAAGAGAACGGAGCCGUAGCAAAAGUCCUUUGAUGCCCAGGAGUCCGAAACGAACUGAGAAAAGUAGAAGUUCAACGAACUUGUCAGGCUCCCGAUUAGGUCUGUCUCCCAUUAGUCUUGAAGAGCCAAUGCGGCCGAUCGAAUUCACGUUAAGUAACACAAAUCUGCGUGCAAGAAGCCCAUUAGAAACAGUCGGUCGGAGACUGAGUCACGGUGACGGGGGUUCACCGCCCCCCAGGCUUGGCUCGCAUUUUGGAGGGAGUGCAAAUUUGAGGCCCCAAGUACCAGUGAGAGGAGACUCGCUUGGAGGUGGAGCAACCACUCCGCGACCCUCAAGAAGUCCAGCAAAAAGGGGGCAAUCAUUCCCCGUAUUUGCUACUCUUCGCCCGCCACAUUCCAGCGGUGUUCAAAGGACCAAAAGUCCUUUACUGUCUCCAAACAGCGAGCUGACUAAUGCUAUUGGAAGAAAGUUAUCCAGGGAAUGGGGAGCCAGCAACAUUGACCUCAGGAUCUCAUCCGUUGCAGAGACUGAAUCUGUGGUUGGAACUGGUCCGGAGCAGGAAACUACACUAAUUAUAGAGCGUUCGGUUCCAGAGCUGAAACAGGAGGAAAUACAAGUGGCAAAAAAGCCUGUCAGACGCGCACGAAGUCAUGAGACCCGAGAGAGUGCCAAACACUCGAUAGAUUUGCCAUCACCAAGACUGAAUAUUCAGCCUGUGGUAGGGGGGCGAUCGGUAAGUGAACGAACCAAAAAACAACUUGAGUCUGAAUUAAAAGCAAUUUUGAGCGCCCGCGCACAUCACCGCGACUUACAUCCUCCUUGAUAGAUCUGUACAUUUGGUCAUGCGUACUUGAAUGCACAAAGCUUAGAAGCUUCCUGCCUUUGAGGGGCUUCGAUUGAUUUAAGCAAUAUCAGAAUAAUAGGUCAAUUUGUAGAAGAAACUGAAAAAAAAAAUUUUACGAGAAUUCUUAAUAAGAAAUAGACAGCCUUGGUGGACCUUAUAACCAGGAGGCGACUCAAUGAUGGGGAUUGCCUCUGUUUGUUCAUUCGUUGUUAUGUACAUUGAUAACUUAGGUUACAUUACAUUAAAAAGUGCUAUAAAAGAAAAAAAAAAAAAAAAAAAUUUUAGUAGAAAUGUCCUAUUAAGUGAAGUAACACGAUAUAUUAAUAUUAAGAUAUUUUCUUGUUGGCGUUUUAACUCUAUUAAAUUUACCGCUGGCCCGGGUGAGUCUCUCUUUCAAUUGCAAUGGAAAUAAAUAAUAUUGUCUACUGCGGUAUUUCUCAACUUGACACUGGAUUCACAAAUAAUAUUAUACGAUACCUAGUAACACCACGAUGAUUAAUUGAAAUAGACAAAUCUAUAAUCCUACCAUGAAUCCAGAAGUUGAGAGACACUGAUCUAUGGAUUUUAAAGAAUUGAACUAAAUACUGCCACUUUAAUUAAACUUGUGAUUGUGGAAGGAGGGGCUCGCGUUUCAGGCUCUUGGGAUACAACAACCACAAAGCACACAUGCACACAUUCCUCGUAAAUGGAGUGGCGAAUAAUUAUUGAAAAGAAAAAAAAAGAA